UUUGCACCCUUCAAGAUGAAGACAUUUGUGUUCGUUCUUUUCGUCGCAAUUUUGUCUGUGGUUUUUGCUGCAGACAAAUACACCACGAAAUACGACAACAUUGAUUUGAACCAAAUUUUAAAAAGUGAUAGAUUAUUGAAGAAUUAUGUGAACUGCCUUCUGGAUCGGGGCAAGUGUAGUCCGGACGGCCAAGAAUUAAAAAGUAAUCUCGCUGAUGCUCUGCAAACUUCCUGUGAGAAAUGCAGUGAAAAACAGAGGAACGGAAGCAGGACCAUCAUCCGGUACUUAAUCAAAAAUAAACGUGAUUGGUGGAACGAGUUGGAAGCCAAAUAUGACCCCACAGGAAUUUAUAAAAGCAAAUACGCCGAUGAACUUAAAGCCGAAGGAAUAGUUUUAAUCAUUAUGAAAACAAUAGUGCCUUUGCUGUUUUUUGUAAUAGCGAUUGCAAGCUCUCUUGCUAAUAAGUACACCACGAAAUAUGACAACGUCGAUUUGGAUGAAAUUAUCAAAAGUGAUCGGCUUUUGAAAAACUACGUUAACUGUCUUUUGGAGAAAGGCAAAUGUACCCCUGAUGGCGCAGAACUAAAAAGAAAUUUGCCCGACGCCUUGCACACCGAAUGUUCAAAAUGUAGCGAAACCCAGAAGAACGGCAGUAAGAAAAUUAUGCGACAUUUGAUUGACCAUAAACGCGACUGGUGGAACGAACUGGAAGAAAAAUACGACAAGGAAGGCGAAUACAGAAAGAAAUACGAAGCCGAGAUCAAAGGCAAAAAGGAUUAAAAUCUAAUUUUGGCCCAGUGUUAAUUUCUGAUGUCAUUUCGUUUGAGUGACACAAUAAAUACAGCAAUAAAAGUAA